AUGGUUACCAGAUUUAAGUGUUCUCCAGAUUCUGAGGAACGUGAGGAGAAUGAAGAGGAGAAUGAUGAAGAUACAGGCUACAGUUGGGCGAAGACAAAACAGAGACACACAACGGAUGUGCUUCUUCACAUUCCGAGGGACACUGAUGAAGAUUCGAGUGAAGAAAGAUUCUGCUUGGCCAUGCUCCUCUUAAUAGAGUCGACUUUCCUCACUCUGUACAAAGGCUGCAAAUUCCCUAUAGAAAAUCUUGAGAGAGCACAAGAUGUGGAAAAGUUGACCAAUUAUCCAUGGGGGGAAGAUGCAUUCAAUGUGCCAAUGUCAUCGAUCAAGAAGAACGUGGCAUCAAACAUGAUGAAGCCAAAGCAUGAUAUUCAUGGAUUUCCUCUAGCACUACACAUUUGGAUUCUUGAGUCUAUUCCAAUGCUACAAACAACCUACAACCGAAUCAGUUUAAUAGAGAGGCCUACUGCAUUCUUGUGUGAGAAAUACACGAGCCUACCAUCACCACAACUUUCUCAAAUACAGAACAUUGAAGCAUCAUAUCAUCCGAAGGUGUUUUUCAUCUUACCGUCAAUACCUGAUGAUCUUGAAGAUAAAGUUUCAUUGGAAGACGAAGAUGAUCCAGAAUUGGAUAUGCUGGUCUAG